CCCACUUUCUCUCUCUUGAAACUAAAUGAACUUAAAAAAAAUUGGGACUACGCUUUGAGUUAUGUUAGAGUCGAGGAGCACAUGGUGCUAGACACUGGUUUCCCCAACAAGUCUGCACGGGAGAUGUCAGGCAAGUUUAUCUCUGCAUUCAGUCUGAGGCAAAGAGGUAGUAAGAAACUCCUAGAGGUCAUACAGUCGGAUUCAGUAUUUAUUAAACAACUGCACAAUGCAAAUCAUUUUUCUUCCCGUACGGUUCAGUUAGCGGAUACUUAUAAAGUACUCACAAAGGACAGAGCACUUGGUGAAGUGUAAUGCCAGGUUGCAAAGAAAAAAGAUGAUUCCUACUUUCUAGGAGUUUACCGAUUGGGAUGGAACUCGUGGUGUGCUCUAAAUCAGUGCUCCAGGAAAAAAAAAAAAAAAAAAAAAAAAAAACCACCCCGAUUUGUAGUGCUUGCCAAUUUCUGUGGUGUAUGUACUCCCGGCAUCACUGAUUGCAAGCCACCAACUUGAUGUCACUAAACUCGGAGGUGGGAAGAGAUGUGCACAGUUGGUUCUCGGGAGCAGGCUCCAGCCCAGCACUGGGUGAAUCACAUACUAAGAAAACCUAAAUCAGCAAGUGAGUACUAGAGCAUGUCUGGAAAGAUCAGAGCCCGUCAGCCCCUUCUCACCUUUUCAGAGGACCGUGAUCUCAGAGUUGGUAGUCACAAUUAUCCUGGUGUUCUUUUCCUAGAGUUGCUGUCUUUUCAACCCAGACAAAGUCACUGAUGCUUCUUGUUUCUGACAACAGCCCAGCUAUCUGACUUCAUGUGAAAGAUGGCUAAUGCAGAAGUAAGUGUUCCAGUGGGGGAUGUGGUUGUGGUUCCCACUGAAGGAAAUGAAGGGGAGAACCCUGAAGACACUAAAACCCAAGUGAUCUUGCAGUUACAGCCUGUGCAGCAAGGGAUUUAUGAACCUGGGUCCGAGAACAACACAGCAGUCGUGGCAGUAGAAACUCACACAAUUCACAAAAUUGAAGAAGGAAUUGAUGCAAGCACUAUAGAAGCAAAUGAGGAUAUGGAAAUUGCUUACCCCAUAACUUGUGGGGAGAGCAAAGCCAUUCUCCUCUGGAAGAAGUUUGUAUGUCCAGGAAUAAAUGUGAAAUGUGUCAAGUUCAAUGAUCAGUUGAUCAGCCCUAAGCAUUUUGUUCAUCUGGCUGGCAAGUCUACCCUAAAGGACUGGAAGAGAGCCAUUCGUCUGGGUGGAAUCAUGCUCAGGAAAAUGAUGGACUCCGGACAGAUUGAUUUUUACCAACAUGACAAGGUUUGCUCCAAUACCUGCAGAAGCACCAAAUUUGACCUUCUUAUCAGCAGUGCAAGAGCUCCAGUGCCAGGACAGCAGACAAGUGUGGUGCAGACACCCACUUCGGCCGAUGGUAGCAUCACACAGAUUGCCAUCUCGGAAGAGAGCAUGGAAGAGGCAGGGCUGGAAUGGAACUCAGCUCUCACUGCUGCUGUCACCAUGGCUACCGAGGAGGGUGUGAAGAAAGACUCAGAGGAAAUUUCAGAGGACACUUUGAUGUUCUGGAAAGGAAUAGCUGAUGUAGGACUGAUGGAAGAGGUUGUCUGCAAUAUACAGAAGGAAAUAGAGGAGCUACUCAGGGGAGUUCAGCAGCGGCUCAUUCAGGCUCCCUUCCAAGUAACAGAUGCUGCCGUUCUCAACAAUGUAGCACAUACAUUUGGCUUGAUGGAUACAGUGAAGAAGGUUUUGGACAACAGGAAGAACCAAGUAGAGCAGGGAGAAGAGCAGUUUCUCUAUACUCUGACAGAGUUGGAACGCCAGUUGGAAGAGCAGAAGAAGCAAGCUCAGGAUCACAGGCUGAAAUCCCAGACGGUUCAAAAUGUGGUACUGAUGCCCGUGAGCACUCCUAAGCCUCCAAAAAGGCCCCGGCUCCAGCGGCCGGCUUCGACCACAGUCCUGAGUCCUUCUCCUCCGGUCCAACAGCCUCAGUUCACAGUCAUCUCACCUAUCACCAUCACCCCAGUGGGCCAGUCAUUUUCCAUGGGCAAUAUUCCAGUGGCCACCCUCAGCCAGGGCUCCAGUCCUGUGACUGUUCACACACUGCCUUCUGGCCCUCAGCUCUUCCGCUAUGCCACAGUGGUCUCCUCUGCCAAGAGCAGCUCACCAGACACAGUGACCAUCCAUCCUUCAUCUAGCUUGGCACUGCUGAGCUCCACUGCCAUGCAGGAUGGGAGUACCCUGGGCAACAUGACCACCAUGGUGAGCCCAGUGGAGCUGGUGGCCAUGGAGUCCGGCUUGACCUCGGCGAUCCAAGCUGUUGAAAGCACCUCGGAGGAUGGGCAGACCAUCAUUGAGAUUGACCCAGCCCCAGACCCAGAGGCUGAGGAUACUGAGGGCAAAGCAGUCAUUUUGGAGACAGAGCUGAGGACUGAGGAGAAAGUUGUGGCUGAGAUGGAAGACCACCAGCAUCAAGUCCACAAUGUGGAGAUUGUGGUCUUAGAGGAUUAACUGGGGAUCUCAGGGCCAGGAGAUAUGCUUUGGUUUGGAAUUUUAAUUAUUUGUUUAUUUUUAUCAUUGUCCCACUCAUUUCCACAUAGGAUCCUUUUUUUAAAAACAAAAUCUCAUUGUUGUAACUGAAAAUGUUGGGUCCCUCCCUCCCCGUCAUUGAAAAACGGACAAAAACAAGCUGUCCUUCCAGAAAUUGAGAGUAGGUCACUCAAUGUCUAAAUCCUUUUACACAAAGAAAGUUAGUUUUUUUAGGGGAGACAUCAAGACAACCAGAAAUCCUGUCCAGAAAGCCCUUUCCAGGCUAGUCUGUCUGUGUACGCAUGCGGUUUUAUUUUUGUAGAGAUGCGUUGACCAAACUCUGGAACGCAGAUCUGACACUGGAAGGCAACCCACCCACACACGGAUGCAGAAGGAUACUUUAUUUCGUAUCCUGGAAAGGGCCCUCAGAGGCCAGUGCAAAACUCUGAAACAAAAGCAAGUUCAACUGUGCUGGGAGGGGAAGGCGGCAUAGCAGCAGCAGCUUGAAAAGAGAAGUGCUUUGGCCAGGAUGGGGCAAGGAAAUUAUCUUACUUACAGAAGUGCAACUGAUGCCUCUUGACAUCUGUAAGGGUUAUGACCAAGGGUGCCAUUUUGAGGAGAGGCCAGUAAUAAGUGGAAGGGUAUGUCUCCAUGGAACAAGUGGCAUCAGGGGCCUGGGGCCUGUGGCUUUGCAGAAAUAGAAAUCUGGGUUGUCACAACUGUGCUUUGUGAUUCAAGCCCACUUACCCCUCCUUCCCCAACUUUGUCAAAGCACUUAACCCCCUCCCCCACCCCAAACUAGGAUAGAUCCAUUCAUUUGCAAACUGUGUGAUGUGGUGUAAAUGUCUCUGGUUCCUGGACUGUGGCUGUCAUGGGGGUGGGGCUCCAAGGCCAUUGUUUUUAUUGCAUGACUUGGGUGCAGGGUUAUUCCUCAUCCAGACCAGCUGCCCUUUUUGGUGGGGCCCAUUUUUGGCUUUGGAACCAAAAGCAGCCACUCAUUUGGUGCUUCCUCUUGUUCUCCCCUCCAUCCCUCAACUGUUAAUGGCAUCUGUCUCCUGGAUCCCACGCUCUUCAGCUUUUUGGCUGAUUUGCAGAACAGUGACAGGUGCCUGCCUGCCUUCAUCCUCUUUUAGAUUCAUUUAUACCACAGAUGUUUCUGUGAGAUAUUGAGCUCAUGAGAAAAAAAACAAAAGCAAAACAAAACAAAA